AUGUUCGACGAGGCCAAGUUCAUCCUCAGCCGCUCGCUGUCGCCGUGUUUCUGCUGGCGUGCGUGCCUGAGCAUUCCUGAGGAGGGCAGUUCUCGCCAUGCGGCGGCGCUGAUUGAUGUUGGCACGGGCCAUGGCACCGAGCCGAUUCUUGUUGCCGCCCUUUACCUUCAGAUAGCGUCCUUGAGACAAGACAUCUGGAGAAAAAACGGUGAAAAGGCUGGUGAUCCGCACGAAGAGGACGACCGUCGAGACGACAAAGAUGUUACGGAGAUGAUCCGUUGGAUAGAUACGGGCGUUAUGGCGGCCGAUCCACUCACUAAGGUGAUGGAGCCAAUCAAGCUGGUUCACGUCAUGCAGACGAAUGAGCUGGACGUUAAGCAGCCAAUCGAUAGUAUCGUGAAGAAACGAGCUACGUUGUUGCAAGAGGAAGUUGGUACCAAUUUGUCAGAGCUGGCAGGCGACAUCCAGCACCUCCCUUCCUGGAUGAUGUGUCUUUACUCGUUCUGGGGAUUGCAAGCUUUGGCUUUGUUGAAGCCUUGUGUGAGUGCUUUGCGUCCCGUCUUCUCCAGUCGGCUCAAGAGUUUGAGCUUGGAGGACGAAGGGGAGUCGAGAAGGCUCGACCAUGUCGCACAGAACGCGAGAUGUGAUGGUGCACUUGCGACGUGUCGUCGGCUCAGCAUAUCAGGUCUCCGGGCCACGUUUGCUCGCUUGGCGGCUGGGCGGCUGGGUGUGGAAGCGGCGCCGGCUGAGGCGCCUCCGGCCUCAGUCGGAGUUGCGCCAGCGGUGGUCUCUGUCGGGGAGGGUUGCACUGAGAGACGGGUACCAGUGUCUUUCGUCCGGCAACGUGUCAUGAAGCGGCUGAAAGAGACUCAGAACACUGCGGCACUGCUUUCCACCUUCCAGGAAGUGGACAUGACCACAGCGCUCCGGCUGCGUUCCAAGUACAAGGACAUGUUCCAAAAGUUGCACGGUCCACAGCUUGGAAUGCUGUCGCUCAUCGUCAAGGCCACGAAGUCUCAUGCCUCCGGGGUUUGCAAGAAGGAUUGA